UUAAAUAUCAAAGGGAAAUUGUUCCUUCGAGAUGGUGAGCAUUUGGUUCGGUGGUUCAAGCUUAUAUUUCCCCGCGCCGAAGAGCAAAGUUCCUCUUUCGAGCGUCUGUGGCGUCAGAUGGAUGGAACAUGCCGAUCUACCGAUCCUCGAACAACUGAUGUGCUCGGAGACGUACAACCUCUUCAACGAGCCGAACCUUGGACAAAUCUACGAGGCGAGUUGCUUGUCUGUCGUCCAGUACAACGCGAAUCGUGACAUAGUAUCAGGCAUAUGCCUUUGCAAUUAUCCUAACGUGCUGUCAGUGAUCCCGAAAGAUUGGCCAUGUUGGCUAAACACGUUGUACAGGUUGGAAAACGUGACGGAAAGGAACGCGAUGUUCGUGCACUUCCUUGCGUGGGACAAACGCUACAUCGGCCAUUUCUUCGAGGCCCUUCUGACCGGAGUGUUCGACAUCGCCUUCUAUCUACAGCACGUGAUCCUCGUGGUUCCUCCUCGGGUUAUCCUAGCGGACGUGUUCGAACGGCAGAUGAUCAGGAUCUCACCCAAGUGCUUGAAGGACACGUACACGGUGCAAUCUCUCUACGUGACCGUACGUCAUCUGAAAGAUGCUCAGCUAAGGAUUCGACGCGUCGUGGAGGAAGACAACGACGAAGUGAUACCGAUCAUCGAUGCCGACUCGAAGCUUCUGAAAGAAUGUUACGGCGAAUAUUACGUCAGCGAGAUGGUACGUCAUCCCAAUAAUCGACGUCGAUUGAUCGUCUCCGAGAACCACGAGGGCUUAGCCACUGGAGUGAUGUUUCUGAACAGCACCAUAAACGUCGAUCUUCUCGACGAUCAUUUCGAGUUGAAUCCUUACAACGGUCUCAGAAAGUUUCACGAAGACGAUCUGAUCCUGGCGGGCAACGUGGAACCGGCCAGUGAAAUUUUCUCCUCCCUAUUCUCGAGGAAAGCUAGCGAAGACGCAGAAGAGUUGGCGAGAAAACCGUCUUCGGACCGAGAGAGCUGUGAGAGCACCACCUCUUUGAGUUCCAGCGAUCGUCAGGUAUUGAAGCCAAUGUUAACCAGAAAAUCAAUGGACUUUUCUGAAAUCACCUUCAGUGAAUUACCAUCGCUCACCGAUUAUUUCAACACUCAUUACUAUUCGAAAAUGUUGACCACCGCGUUCAUUGACGGGAUGUUUGAUGUUCCACGGAAAACCACCACUUCGUCGCUCGAAGACGAUGAAAGCUUGAUGUCAAAGGAUGUGAAGCUUCCUGUACGAGCAAUCUAUCAUGGCGAAGUGAACGCGUUCGUUUUGGAAAUUUUUGCGACGCAGGAACAUAUAAGCGAUCGUUGGUCGCAAAAUUUUCUCCAAGCCGCUUUCGAAUGUUUCCCUGAUCUCGACUACUGCACGAUCCUUCUACCGUUCUCGCAUCCUUAUCUACCGUUUCUCGAACACUUCGUGCGUGUCCCAUUGAGGUGUUACAAGGACUACCCGAUGACUCUGUUUUUGACUCAUCGCGCGGCUCUUCUUGGACAAAUAAAGUGUCGCAGAGCUGUACCUUCCGACAGGGACAAGCUGCAGAUUCUUUUACAGAGGAUUUUUAAACCAGACAAAAUUUUGAUCGAUUUUGACGCGGCUACGAGCAAGGAACGAUCGGACUUACGCUGUUACGUUUUUCUAUGGAACGAUAUAGUUAUUGGUGCGACGAUCCUAUGUGCCGAGAAGGACACCACGUAUAUCCGAAGACGUUUCCACGUGGAAGAUUACAUCGCGAUACAGAACAUACCAUACGAUUCUUACGGUCGCAUCCUGCACUUUGUUCUGAUGCCAAUCUUCGCCAUUCAUCUACCGAGUUUCUUCCGCGAAAUCAUGCGUCUCACCGACGCCAUCGUUUUGUACUAUCGGCUAACGGACAGCAUGUUAAGCGCGCUGACUCGUUCGCAACCGUUGGCCAUUUGUUUGAACGCCAUGGUCCCUGUGUGUCCGCGACGAAGGAUCGACUACAAAUUUCAUGGUUACGUGGAAAGGGACGAGCCGAAGACAGAAAUGGAACGAUUUUCGUUGUUCAUGACCACUCAGCGUCUUACUGGGGUCGUCAAUGCCAUCAUCGAUGCGAGGAUCGUCGUGGUGGGCGCUUCGGAUUGCGGCAUCGCGUUUCUGGAACAACUCGCCUUCGGAGCCAGUCAAAAUUACACGCGAUUCGCCAGUCUGACGCUGAUAUCCACCAACGGUCUGCCUUUCGAAAACGAACGAAGCAGUGUAAUCGAACGUAUGAUUCCGUUCAGUGGUCGAUUCUGUCGAGAAUAUCGCCGCGAGGUUCCAACGCGAACAUUCGUUAACGUGGUGUACGGCACUGUGCUGUCGAUUGACAGGAAACAGAAAUACGUGACAGUAAUGAGCCAAGGAAACGUCUCCUACGACUAUUUGGUCCUGACUUCCGGGCUGCAGUAUUACAGGCCUCAAUUUCAGCAAGAAGUGCAGGCGCAACAGAGAGGGGAAUUAGUGGAGUACGAAACUCCUUGGAAUUGUUUGACGAUCAACGACGACACGGAAGCAAGCAAUUGUCUAGAGAAGAUUCAGUUGAUUACAAACAACUUUGAAGACGAAAAGAGUAUCGUCUUUUACGGACACAGCCUGGACUGCUACUGCGCUCUUCAGGGACUGCUCGAGGCCGGAGUGAAGGCUUCUUGGAUCACAAUAAUACGACCUCCGUUACAACACUGCGAAACUGGUGAAACCAUCUUUUUCAACGAUUGCGAAGUAUACACGGAAACGAUGAACUCGAUUUCAAGAAGCGGUGUUACAAUGCUCGUAGGGUGGAAAUUGAUCGACUGGUGCCUGAAGAAUUCCGGAGAAGAACAAAUGAUAGAAACGAUCAUUGUCCAAUUGAAGGGAAGAACGAAAAUGAUCAAUUGCGACGCUUUCGUGAAUUUCAGCGAGAAGACGAUGAACAUGAAGAUAUUUCUGGCGAUUUGCAGAGCUGGACUGGUGUUCGAUGGUCAGCUGGUCAUAGAUCCGGAGUUCAAGACGAACGAUCCAUCGAUCUUUGCCGCUGGGACCAUGACCAAGUACCGUAGAAAAUACUACGCGGAAUCCUGGCAACACAAGUAUUACAACAGCAUCGAAGUCGGCGAUAGACUGGCGUCCGUUCUUCGAUCGCUUAUCGACAACCAUCAACGCAACAACGUGGAACCCACUGACACGUUAAAAAACAAGAAAUAUUUAAUCCUACCCAUGUUUCGUGCACCUCAUAUCGUGGCCUGCAUUUUACCUGGUGGUUAUCGUUACCUUCACAUUCGCAAGCCUGGAAAAAUGCUUCUGCGUAGCAUCGCGAUUCGUUUCGACUUUUACGGCAAAGUGCUGACGACAGGCUCUUGCACGUCGGAAAUCGGCUACUUCCGGAUACGAUUGAACCGUUACGACUCGGUGGAGACCAUCACCUGUUUCAGCAAAAAGGAUUUCGAAGUGUACCAUAUGAUCGCGUUGUACGGGAAACACGAAACGAUGUUGAACGAGUUGAAAACGCGAUACCAAAACUCGCUGAUCUCCGAUUUGUACGCGUACUUCCGGGAGCCCUGGGCGAUGGCGAUAUUCUACGAUCGAUUCGAGUGUCUGCGAGUGGAGAACCGUGCUACCUUGUUGUCGAAAACGGUAAAGAAAAAAAGUGAUUCAAUUUUUGCAGCAAAUCUGACGUAUUUUUCAAAACAGGCGAUCCCUGCUCAGUCAUUGAACGACGAUUGCAUACGAGCUCUGAUAAGAUCAAAAUGGAACGCGGUGAGUGAUGAUGAAACUAGGAAUUCUUUUACAUAUUUAGAAUUCAUUGAACACCAUCGAAUCUGUAGAUAUCAGACAGCGAUCGUCGUUCCAUCGAAGCGAAAUACGCGGGUUCUGUCUAUCAGCAAGAGCUUGAAGAAAGUCUGGUGGACUUUCUACAAUUCUCUGAAGAGGAUAUUCCCGUGUAUUGCACCCCGAGAAAGUUACAUCAAUUAUAUGCAAAUAUUAAGAACAGUCCUCUGUACAAUGAUAUUUAAACAAGUUAUAUCGGUGUCCAUCACGAGAAUAUAAUAAAUGAUCGCGAAACGAGCCGAGUUGUUUCUUGCAUUUAUGAGAACAAAUAUCCGAUUGAUAGUCGUCCUCGAUCGACACGUCCGUGUCUACAUACUUGGCAUGCGAUCCCGUCUGUAGGUCAAGUUUAAUAGUCCAUAGCGACGUUGCUCCAUAAAGGUAGCUCAAGGCGCUGCCAAUGUGCCACCCACGCAUACCGCAAUAACAACGAAAACACGUUAUACAAAUGUCACGGCUGCGACUGUAGCUAUUAAACGAGGAAAUAUUUCAUCUGAUAAUCUCUGUUAGACAAGAAUCAACGUUUACUUUAUUAAUUUUACGUCCUUCCUUUUUCAAAGAAAUUAGGUACUCCUAGCGCUAAAACUAUAGCGAUAACUAGUAUAGAUGAAUCAUGCGUUAAUCAUUACGCGUAGAACCGAGAGAUACGACAUCGAGGUCUUCAGAAUGCUCAUAAAACCCUCCAGAUUGACGACGAAGAACUUUCCAGCCAUUAGAUGAACCGGUUUCUGAGCAUUUAGGAUCACGAUCACAAUAUCCUUGGCCACGUUUGUUGGAAGUUUGUACCAGCUGCAAUUGUACGAAGAAUAUCCGAUUUCAUCCAUUUGACACUUCAAGUAAUUACCCACGUAACUGUACCCGAACAGUUGUAUCAUCAAAGUGCUCAGUAUAAUGAACGUUUUUAUCACCAUCACAACAUUUCCAUCGUGCAGCGCGAGAAUAAACUGAAAUCCUAGGAAAACAACGGGCAGUUAAUUAAGGAUGUAAUUGUAUUUUUAUCGCGUUGAUUGAUACGUUAUAAUUUAGCUGAAUUAAUACUUAUAUUUCAUAGCUAUGUGACCGAAUGAAAUUCGCAAUGGCAGUCAAUGAAGACCAAUAUAGCGAUGAAUGAAUUAUUAAUUAUUAUAAUAACGUGUCAAUCAACGUGUCAACGGGAAAUUAAAGAUUUAUAAAUGCUCACCGCACGUACAAAUAAGUAUACAACUGGAUAACAGUUGCAUAGCCAAAACCAAACUAAUUGUAUCGUUCAGCAUCACGCUUAAUUUCAAUAAAUAAUCGUGCCUGUUGAUUAA